UUGUUUUCUCUCUAGAAUUCUCCAUUCUGGGUGAGAUUUUUUCGUGGGUCCAUGAUUCGCUGAUCAGAAGAACCUUAAUUUUCUCUCGCCCCAUGGAUUUCUUGCACUGAAUCCUUUAUCCUUCAGAGCUCGCAAGAGCUCACUUGGUAUACUAGUACUGGCAGCUCACUGAUUGCCGAUUGGCACCGUGAGCUGAUAUGAACGGCGUUCUAUUCACAAACUCUUCGGUCCGAUCGAUGCCUCCAUUCCCCCCCGGACUCGAAUCUGACGCCGCCAAAAAAUUUCCCCCAUGAAGCAGGAGAGGCGGAGGAAGCACCCCAGGCCGCCGCCGCCGCCGCCGGGCCUCGAGCUCGCGAUGGCGCCCCUCUCGCGGGACGGCAGUGGAGGCCGCGAGGAGAUCCGCGAGCUCGACGACGCUGAGGCGGGGGCCGCGCACGCGCGCGGCCGCGUGCCGCCGUGGCGGGAGCAGCUGACGGCGCGCGGCAUGGUGGCGAGCCUGGCCGUCGGCGCCAUAUACAGCGUCAUCGUGAUGAAGCUCGUCCUCACCACGGGCCUCGUCCCCACGCUCAACGUCUCCGCCGCGCUCAUCGCCUUCGUCAUCCUCCGCGGGUGGACGCGGGCGCUGGCCCACUUCGGCGUCGCCGCCCGCCCCUUCACGCGGCAGGAGAACACCGUCGUGCAGACCUGCGCCGUCGCCUGCUACAGCAUCGCCGUCGGAGGUGGGUUUGGGUCCUACCUGCUUGCGCUGGACAAGAAGACUUACGAGAUGGCGGGGGAGACGGAGGGGAACGUGCCAGGGAGCUACAAGGAGCCGGGCAUUGUGUGGAUGACCGGCUUCCUCCUCGCCGUCAGCUUCGUGGGGAUUCUCGCGCUCGUCCCUCUCAGAAAGAUUAUGAUAAUCGACUAUAAGUUAACUUAUCCAAGUGGAACUGCGACAGCUGUGCUUAUAAAUGGGUUCCACACACCUCAUGGAGAUGCAAUGGCAAAGCAUCAAGUAAAUGGAUUCACAAAAUACUUUGCAAUCAGCUUCCUCUGGAGCUUCUUCCAGUGGUUUUACUCUGGCGGAGACAGCUGUGGGUUCUCGCAGUUUCCCACUUUUGGACUACUAGCUUGGAAACAAACAUUCUUCUUUGAUUUCAGCCUCACGUAUGUUGGGGCAGGGAUGAUUUGCUCCCACCUUGUCAAUCUGUCUCUCCUUGUCGGUGCCAUUCUUUCCUGGGGUGUCAUGUGGCCGCUGAUCAGUGAUUUGGAAGGGGACUGGUAUCCAGCAAAUAUUCCAGAAAGCAGCAUGAGAAGCCUGCAAGGUUACAAGGCUUUCAUAUGCAUAGCUCUCAUCCUAGGAGAUGGCCUAUACAAUUUUGUUAAGAUUAUUGCAUUCACCGUUAAGAGUCUGCUUGGCAGAUCAAAACUAAAGAACACAAAGAAAGAGGAAGACAUUCCGGUGCUCGAUGACCUUCAUCGUAAUGAAGUUUUUACAAGAGACAGUCUCCCUACCUGGCUAGCCUACUCUGGUUACAUUGCAUUAUCAGUCAUUGCAGUAAUUGCCAUUCCCUUGAUGUUCCACGAGAUGAAGUGGUAUUAUGUGGUCAUAGCAUACGUACUGGCUCCUGCCCUGGGUUUCUGCAAUGCCUAUGGCACCGGCCUUACUGAUAUGAACAUGGCCUACAAUUAUGGGAAGGUUGCCCUCUUCAUUCUUGCAGCCUGGGCUGGAAAAGACUCUGGUGUCGUAGCCGGUCUAGUAGGUUGUGGUCUGGUGAAAUCAUUGGUGACCAUCUCUGCUGAUCUGAUGCAUGAUUUCAAGACUGGGCAUCUUACGUUAACAUCACCUAGAUCAAUGCUAAUUGCUCAGGCUAUUGGCACCGCCAUGGGCUGUGUCAUUGGACCACUGACAUUCUUUCUGUUCUACAAUGCCUUUGACAUAGGCAACCCAGAAGGGCCCUGGAAGGCACCAUAUGCUCUCAUCUACCGAAACAUGGCAAUUCUUGGUGUCGAGGGCUUCUCCGCUCUGCCCCUGCAUUGCUUGCAGCUGUGCUAUGGAUUCUUUGGCUUUGCAGUGGCGGCCAACCUUAUGAGAGAUCUCUUCCCGCCGAAGUAUGGCAGAUGGGUCCCCCUACCGAUGGCGAUGGGAGUUCCUUUCCUUGUAGGCGCGAGCUUUGCCAUCGACAUGUGCGUCGGAAGCUUAGUAGUGUUCGUGUGGCACAUGAUUGACGGAGGUAAAGCAGCACUAAUGGUGCCAGCAGUUGCAUCUGGUUUGAUAUGUGGGGAUGGACUUUGGAUCUUCCCUUCUGCCUUGCUUGCACUGGCCAAGAUCAAUCCACCAUUGUGCAUGGCAUUUAGGUCGACACACUAGAGUAGCAUGCUAGAUCCAUAUACAGUUAGAAGAGAUACAGACCGGCAAGAAUGCAGUAAAUAGAUUUUGCGUGGUAGGCAAUAUUGUAGCACAUAUCUGUCGAGAUAUUUCACAUGUAUGGUUUUGCCAAUAAGUUGGAUGAUUACAACAAGGUGUAACAUUGUAAGAAACAUUUUCAAGUGAAGAUGACCCAAAUGCUAUAUGUCAGUUUCCAGCUGGUAUAUACCGUACACAUUUGUACUAAAUCCCUGACAUUUAUUAUGGAUCGGAGGGAGUACAAAUGAAGAGUAACCAGAUAUGCCAAUGUACCACCUUCA